AUGGGGAAAUUGGAAAAAAGGAUCAAAUCCGAUCGUAUUAACGCUUUGAAAAAGAAAUAUGAUGCCUACUUGGAGGAAGACAGGAAAAGAAAGGAAAGGAAUGAAUAUAUCUUGGAGAAGCUGGACAAAAUGCGAUGCUGCAACGCAUUGGCACAAGUUCGUAAGAAGUCGAGUAACAUUGAUGAAAGUUGCAAAGUUGCACUAAACACCGUGCCCACACAAUCAUUCCAAAGUACUUCCUGCCGUCCUAUCGAUAGUACGAGUAUCAAUAUAAGAGAUUCUCUUCCGGAAACCCAUAAUAAUACAGACGAAACAAUAAUACUUCAAGAAAUAAGCAAAAAAUAUAUACUGAUUCCCAAAUUACGAUACAUGCAGAGCAACGAUUACAUACAAUAUGCAAAACCUCAAAUCGACGAAAGCAAUGAUUGGAAAAGUAAAUAUGAUAUUUUAGCACAAUUGAAGAAAAACGAAAAAGAAGAUUUAGAAACCGAGCCUCAUACUGCUUACAUGUUAAAUACAUUGGUAACAAAAGACGAAGAUGGAAACAAAUCAAAAACAGAACAAUUUGAAUGUGAUAAAACACGUCAACGUGUGAAUGAACAAAUACAAAAUUACAAUCACGAUAAUAAUUAUAACGAAAAAAUCAACAUAGAGCGUGCAGAAAUAAAAGUCGACAGUCCAAAUAAAAAAGCAGAUGAUAUUGUUAAUGAGAACUACCGGUAUGAUAUUUCUCAUAGUGAAGUGACGCAAAAAGAAAGUUAUAACGAAUUCAAGAAAAAUGUUGUACCACAUGAAAACUCAAAUACUGGAAAUUUAUCAAAUACCGAUAACAACAUUAUUCAAGAUGCAACUGAAUUCGAUACUGUAGCUGAUUAUGGUACUAAUGAUAUUCCAAAUGAAUAUUCAUCAGUAGCUAUAUCCAAUACGCAGGAAUAUAACACAAGUGAAGAUGUAAAACAGUCAUCUUCUAUAAGUGAUCAUUAUGAACUAAAAGAAGGAAAUUCAACAGAAGCAAUUACGUCUAAUGCCUUUAUGGUUGAUGGAAAUAGCACAAAUACAAUUGAACAACACGAAUAUCCAAUUGAAAUUAUAAACAGUCAAGAAUUUGCCCCCCGCUAUGAUGGCUGCGACGAAGAAAAAUUAUCGACUAAUCCUGAAGAACAAUUAAUGAAAGACAGUGACUAUAGUUCUAAUUUCAAUAAUGAAGUUGUAGCGAUGGCACCAGAUAAUACAGAAGAAACCGAUAAUAUUUUUGAUCCUGUUGUAAUAUCUGAAGAUACGGUUCCAGUUGAAACAACUGGCAUAGAGACAUUUACUGAAAACAAGGACGAAUAUUAUAACGAACAAGCAACUGAUAACUAUAUGUAUAACGAGGUUACGGAUAAUUACAAUACGGAGUAUUCCGCACCGAAUGAGAACUACAGUCAACAAGAAUAUGACGCGUAUUAUGAAGGCGUACAAACAGAAGCACCUUACGCAAUAGAAACAAAUGAGGAUGAAGCAGCUUUACAGCAGUAUGAUCAAAAUUAUCAACAACAGUAUGAUACUGAUCACAAUAACCCACAAGAUUAUCAACAAUAUGUAGAGCAAGGAUAUGAACAAAACGAAUAUACAGAACAGCCCGAGGUAGACCUUACUCAACAAUACGAUAACCAAGACGAUACCUUACAACAUGUCGAACAAGUGUUGGACAAUGAACAAGGAUAUAUUGUCGAGAAGCAAAAUGAGCUUAUUGAGACAAGUAAUGCAGAGAAAGCAGUCGCUCUAGAACCAGCUACAGAUAAAAUAAUAGAAAAGCACGUUAAAGCACAAUAG